CUACUUCUCUAGCUGUUUUAUAGCGGUUGAAAUGUGUUUUCUGUUGCUGGAAUUUUGAAUUGGACAUUUGGAACUAGGUACCCUUCUCAAUGCAAUCGCCAUCAGGGACUCAUAUUGACAAGAGUAUUGCUACUAAAGAAUUCUGAUGUUCUGGCGGUAAGAGAGACGGGACAUCUAUCCCAAUGAGACGAAAGAGAAAUGUCUCCACCGAUAAGUCGGAGGUGUUACGACUGACAUCAGAUGAGAUCAACCACAAGAAGCUUCGCGUUCGUCAGCUUCACAAGUUUACUAUCCUCCAUUAUUCACCCUUCAAAGCAGUUUGGGAUUGGUUUAUACUUCUCCUCGUCGUUUAUACAGCCAUCUUUACUCCGUAUUCAGCAGCUUUUCUACUUAAAAAUGAUGAAAACAAGGCAAAACUUAACAAAGAUGCUGAUACCCGAGAUGGUGACAGUCUCUCCACCAGCUACACCCAACCAUUGGUCUUCAUCGACAUGGUGGUCGACGUCAUGUUCAUUGUCGAUAUCUUCAUCAACUUCAGAACCACCUUCCUCGACGACUCCCUCGGCGAGGUCGUCUCGAACCCGGCCAAGAUUGCCAAGCAUUACUUGAAGGGAUGGUUCGUGAUCGAUGUCCUCGCCGCCAUCCCUUUUGAUCUUCUUCUAUUCUCUGUUGCAGCAGACGAGAAAACGACCUCAGCAAUGAGCUUGUUAAAAACAGCCCGAUUGUUGAGACUACUACGUGUUGCUCGUCGUUUAGACCAGUAUUCUCAGUUUGCUCCAGCCGUUGUGUGCCUCCUUAUGUGUGCCUUUACUCUUGUUUCUCAUUGGAUGGCGUGUAUAUGGUACGCCAUCGGGGAGCAACAAAGACCAGAGAUACAAUAUGGAUGGCUAGACAUGCUAGCGCAAGAUUUAUUUACUCCAUACACGAAUGCAUCUACAGGUGGUCCAUCAUUAAAAGAUAAAUACGUGUCAUCACUAUAUUUUACAUUAACAACUUUAACAACAGUGGGGUUUGGGAAUAUAGCGCCAUCAACGGAUGCAGAAAAACUGUUUGCCAUCUGCAUGAUGCUUAUAGGAUCGCUCAUGUUUGCUUGCAUCUUCGGUAACAUGACGGCGAUCAUCGAGCGUCUUUACGCCGGUAUAUCCCGGUACCAGCAGCAGCUAAACCUCGUUAAAGAGUUCGUCAAGUUUCACAAUGUACCAAAUCCUUUACAAAGUCGGUUGAAGGAAUACUUCAAGCAUGCCUGGGUCUAUAUGAAUGGAAAUGACUUCCAUGAAGUCGCAGAAGUUAUGGCCGACUUUCCUGAUUUUCUUCAAGCUGAUAUAUCACUUCAUUUAAAUCGUAAUCUUCUCAAAGAAUCUAAUGCAUUCCGGGGUGUCAAUCAUGGAUGUUUACGAGCGUUAUCGAUGAAAUUCAAGACGACACACACUGCUCCAGGUGAUAUAUUAAUACACAAAGGCGACUCGCUAAAUGUCAUGUACUUUAUAUCGAGAGGAUCCCUGGAAAUUUUACAGGGAAAUCUUGUUCUAGCAAUUUUAGGAAAGAAUGAUGUUGUAGGUGAAAAUUUCUGUACGUGCCAGGAUGUGGGGAGGUCAAAGGGCACUGUAAGGGCGUUGACCUAUUGUGACCUGGUGACCUUGGCAAGGGAAGAUCUGAUGGAUGUCAUUAGGUCAUAUCCAGACUUCAAAGAUCACUUUGCUGAGAGGGUUGAAAUCACCAUGGAUAUGAGAGAUUACGAAACUUCUGAAAGAAGGCCUUCAGCGGUUCCUGAGAAAGACGUCGAGGCUGACAAGACACCGCAAAAGAAAACUUCAAAUUCUAGAAACAACCUGACAGUCAGCAAUACUAGAUUAACCAUUACACCUAUGCAAAGUGCAGAGAAUCUCCAAACUAUCUAUCGUUCUACAUCACCCAGUACUAGGAGACGAUUCAGAAAGCGAAGCGAGAAAUCAAGGUCACAAUCACAAGAUUCUUCCAAACGUACAACGGUCGACAUAGAGAUGAACAGAUUAAACGCAGAUGAAGAUGAGGAGGAAGACGAAGGUGAAGAUGCCCCGAUGAUCCCCAAGCACACCAGCAGCCCCCGCUCUCCAAAAAAACUUGAUCCCAUUCCACACAGUCCUCUAAGAGAAACUCAGCACAUGGCGAUAUCAGAGCCACAGCUGACUGAGACAAGAAAGAGAGGGCGUAUAUCAACAGGGUUGGGAAUAAGAGGAACGCCAGAGGGCGCCCCAACUAGUUCAUCCACAGGACAAAUUGCGCAACCAGCGAUGCACAUUGUGGAUGCUAACAAAGUAGUGUGUGAUAAAGCAGUGCAUAAGAGGAUAGAUGAACUAUACUUGCAGCUUGAUAACAUCGAAAAAAGUUUUGAUGCAAAAAGGAAUGAGAUAAUUGAUGUGUUAUUGAAAGAACAAAAGCAGAAAGAAAUGGCGGUGAUUGCACAGACAAUGCAGCAGGAUGCCCAGUCUUUACUUCAUAAUAUCAUGCCGUCCACCAAUACCAAUGAGCAAAUUCCUAGUGUGUCGAACCGUGUCCCUGCCACUAUGGCAUCUGUUAUAACAGGAAACAAUGGUACUUCCAACAAUUUACACGAUGUCGAUAGACUCUUAAGCCAGCAGUUUCCUGGUGAUCAACCGGUGGAUGUUCCAGUCCUGCUACCGGAAUCAAAUUCCCAUUCAAUGCCUCAUCAACAAUCCAUGUAUUCCUCUAACACUAUGCCACGUGUAAAGAAGUGCGAACAACCAAGCACGCCGUUCGCAGAAACACAAACACUACAACGGCAAUCGCGAUCUCCGCGAUCAGACAAGCGACCGACGACGCGUUCGCCUCGCCCAAGCUCCGCGUCUGGUCGCGUCUCUACAGCACAUCGCUCUGUGUCUGGCCACAAUCUUCAGUCUGCCUCGUCUACUCCUUCUGUGAGUGGCCGGCUAUCGACAGACACCAAUGAAGUUAUAUGGCUAGAACGAACAGAUGAUAAAAAUAGAAAGGAUGACUCCAUCCUUUCGUCAACGUAUUGCUAACAAACGGAAGUCAAUCUUUAUGCGUAUGGUACUUGUUUCCUUAUUUGUUUCUAAUACUCGUAUACGGUAUUUGCCACAAUGGUACGAUACAACGUUAUAACAGCUGGCGAUCCAUGGAGUAUAAAUCUGCAACAAUAAUCAAUACGUACGUACAUUAGUCACCACUGAAUCAUUUUGUCCACGCUGUUGAAGCGCGACUAGACAUAUUUAAUCUCGCGCUUACAAUGUGGGCAAGACAUGCGCAACGCAUUAUCCUUCGUUUCCUUCGCGUGAACCGGAAGGAAUACGAAUGGAGGUUUUGGCUGGAGAGGACCAAUCAGAAUGGAAUUUGAAAAACUCGCAUCACGUGUUGAAUACAUCACGUGAUCUUAAGCCGAGUUUGUGUCGUUAGUGAAUAUGAAGAAUGCCUACGUCUAUACUUUCCAUGGGUGGGAUUUCAUGAAUAUUCUCAUUUUCAACUAAAAAAAAUUGAUUUAUAUCGUGUAUUUACUCCACGAUUACAUGUUUUACACCUGCGAAACCGAUUUUAGACCGACCAAAUCUAUUUGCAUUGACGUAACAUUGGUCGGUUUUGAUCCGGCUUCCAUUGAUCAAGACGGUUAAUAACUAUCGAAUAGUUAAUCAUUUCAUGGUAGUCGGAUUUUAUAACGGGUCCGGUUACAGUUGUACUAGGCUCUUGAACAUACGAUAAUGAAUACAUUUAGAUUUGUUGUGGUUAUCAUGUUUAUGGUGAAAAGCCUUUUAUAUUCAUUGUGUUGAUAAUUGUAAUAUUAUAAAAAGGGCAUCAGGACGCAUAUUGGAAAGGUAAAUCAUGAAUGAAGAUAAUCUAAUUGAACGAUUCCCCCUCAAAUCUAAAAAAAGUGUUUAUGCCUUUCAAACGGAGUUAAUAAUAACCACAGCAUAAUCUACAAAUUUGAAUAUACGAAGGGUAAAAUAAGGAAAGACCGGAAAACAUGUCAUAUUUUAACACAUUCAGUUUCCACUUUAUCCAUGUCUUAAAAAAAAAUAAUUCCUAAACCAAAUUAAUGAAAUAUUUCGUCUUCCUAUUUUAGUGUCAAGUAAGGCACAUUGCAAUGUUAAAGGUAAAGAUAAUUAUCAAAUGCAGAACUAUUUUGCAUAAUUUAUUAUACCUUUUAUUUCUCUAAAUUUUUAUUCCAUUAUUUUGUUAUUUUGUUUUUUUUGCUUUUCAAAGAUACUACAUAACACAAACUCCUUCCCUUUUAAAACGAUAUGUAUUUUAUUUUGUCGCAUCUUAACAUAUUCCAUCUGCACAACACGCAAUAUAAUUUGACGGAUAUAUCCAUUGUUCAAUUAUAGGAAAAAAAUCUAACGAUAAAAUAAUUUUGAUAGAUAGACAGAGAGGGAGGAGAAAGGGAGAUACGGAGAUGAGAGAGUUGGGGAAGGAGAAAGAGAGAGAGAGAAAAAAAAAUAGAGAGAGAGAGGGAGGAAGAGAGAAGGAGAUAGAGAGAGAUGCAUCCAAAGGGGCAAGUGUGAACAAGGAAAAAAUAUUGUAAGUAGCUGUGGUAUUUCACGGCGUCGCAUCAGAAAGAAAAAGAUACUUCCAGAUUUUUUAUAAGUAAAAGAAAAUUUAUUAUAUGUUAGAUUAAUUAGCAUUGAAUGUCAAAUCCCAUUUUGUAUUUUAUAUAUUUUGUAAAUAUGUAUGAUAUCAAAGAGUAAUCUCUCAAUAGAUUUAGGAAUUAUAUGUAUAUAUGUAUCUCCGGAUCGAGAAUCUGUUUGGGUGUAUAAUAAUGAGCCGAUUAUCACAUUUGUAUUCGAUGCAGGUUGGUGUGUUAACAAUCGAAUCUUUUUUACUGAAGUUUUCAAUGAAGAUUACAUGCGUUUACGCUUUAAGCUUGCAGUCAUUCAUCGAUAAUUAAUUAAAAUAACUUUGUUUUCACACUUUACAUUAUUUCACAAGUCGUCUACCUACACUGCAGACCCAUUUUCUUUUUUUCCCAAUUGCAUUCUUCUCUAAUGAACAAACUAUUUCAUAAUAUGAUAAUGAGGUUUAUGUUUCAAAGAAUAUAUGCAGAGUGCAACGAGUUCCCUACUUUAUUGUAUUUCUUACAUUAGAUAUGCAAAUAUAAUGCUAAGUGUGUAUAGGUUCCUUGUGUCCGAUUACAAGAAUUGCUUAUGAGUUAACAAGGCAUGUUCAUGCUGGAUAUUGCAUUUACUGGAGUGAUCGCGCUAUUAUAUUGACACUUUCAUACUAGGCGGACAUUUUUUUUUCUAUAUCAUCUACCUGAUAUGAUAAGCCGAUAACGAAUUGCACGGAGUCAAGUUAUUUAAAUUUUAUUUAACAGGCCAUGCAAGGUCACAAUUCUUAGAAAUGCGAUUUCUUUUCCCUCUUUUGUUUUUUUUAUUUUGUUUACUGAAAUUUUGCAGAUAAUAUAAACAGUAACGUCUGUUACAUAUUACAAAAUGAAUAUUUCUCUGCUUUAUGAUAAGACAAACCUUAUUGUGCAAACCAAAGUUUAAUAUGUAGACUGCGUUUGACAUUACAGCAAAUAUUCGCAGCUGUUUAUUUAUAUUUUUUUACAUUAUUGUUGACUUAUCAAUAGAACAAACGGCCAAGAACAAAACAACGAAUUUUCCCAAUGUCUUGUUGUUUUUUGUUUUCAAUUUUGCAUCAUUCUGUAGACUUCUCGCUUCUCUCUUUCCUAACCUCAAACUAAAAAUUACCUUUAGAUUGAGAAUUCAAAUCAUACUAUGGCUGCGUUUGUUUACAUGAAAAUUAUGUUCUGCCGAGCCUAAUCUUAUAUUGAAACUAUUCCCUUUUAUAAUUAGUACCGGGUUUGGGCGAAUACAUAUCCAUAUAUUUGCUGCAAUGUGUGCAUGAUUGAUUUAUUUGUAAAUGAUAGAAUAAAUGUGAAAAAUACUUUACCAAAGAUAUAAUACUUCGAAAAAGUGGUUUGGUAAGACUUGUUGUUAGCAUAUUAAAGGUAAUUUCCUAUGGUUCGGAGGUUAUUUUUUUUUCCUUCCACCGUCUUGUACUAUGGAGCAAUGAUUUUUCUCCCUAUAAUUAACACAUUUCCUUCAUCUUGGUUGUUAUUUUUACGUGAUCUUGAAAAUACAAACGUCAUGAUGAAAUUUAUGGUUCCAUGCUUUUUUUAAAUAAAAAAAUGUGAACGGAAAUGCUGAUGGUGAUAUUAAUGAGGAAAAGGUGAUGAUGAGGAUGACAAUGAUAAUAAUCGUGAUAACGAUAACCAACAUAGCCUUAAUGACAAACGUAACUAAAAUUUAAAUUAUUGACAAUUUCUGACAAAAAAUAAUAAAGGAAAUAGGAUAUAAAUAAAUUAUUCAAACUGCAAUAUCCAUUAUUCAUUUUGUUAUAAUCUGGGAUGUGUUUCACAACAAGUAAAGCGUGACUUUAAUUGAUAUUAUUUCAUAAACAUUCAUUAUCAAAUUGCAGCACAAGUCACUCUUAAACUCUCUGUGAAGCAUGCCCCUAAUUGCCCCGCAAAAUUAUAAGAAAUUCCAUCGGAAAAUAUCUGACAUUACAAAGUUUCAAAUUUUCUUUGUAUUCAAGAAAAAAUAUAUAUGAUUUAACGAUUGUAAGAUAUUUGUUUUAAAUGCAUAUUAUGUAUAUAAUUUGGUUGCAUUUGUAAAUUAUGAUUGUUCUAUGAAUUAUCUAAAAAUGUUGCUUAGAUUUAUUUUUGCUGAACCUGUAUGUCUGAUUAGCUGUUCAUGAUUUGAUUUGAUUUGAUCUGCUGUGAGUUGUAGUUUCUAUGAUUUAUUUUGAAUUAUUUUCUAUUUUAUGGAGGUAUACGUCGACCCCGUUAGUUAAGGUUAAGAGAAGGGGAAGGUUAGGGACCAUUGGAAUAUUGCAAAGAGAGUGAAUUAUUGAUUGUCGUUAUAAAAGUUGCCAAAGAUGAAGACAUAAAUAUGGAUCGAAAUUGACAUAAUUGAAUGACAUAAUAAAUAAACAGUAUAUAUACAAAUACAUACUCUUCAAAUUUUGAAGUAUUCCAUCGAAUUUUAAAAUACAUACAUCCAGACAAAUCGGAGAAACAGCUAGGAAAAAUUUCGAUCUUUUCAUCAAUUAUAUUCUUUGAUUACGCAUGUUUAUUGAUUUUUUUCAGGCAUUUCACAGUAAUUUGGGGGGUGUUUUGCAAAAGAAAGAAGAAGAUACUUUCCUAUUUACCGCGUUUACACGCUGUCUCCGUCGCGGGUCGAACGGCCCGGGAGCCGGGCAGUGUGUACACACG